GGUGCAUCAUCGCCAUUGCACUCGGGGGUAAAUGCACUCAGAGUGGCUGGCCAGCUGAUGCGCAGCUGUCACAAACGAUAACCGUUGCGUUGGCCACCGUGGCUAUCGUGCGCGCCGGGAUUUAAACCAAAAGUAGUAAUUUGAGCGUUGAUUGUGAUAAGCAGGGAGCCAGCCCACGGCAAUAUGAGGCAAGUGAUAAACUAAGCUCGGCGCGGACGUGGAUGUGUGAUAUCGCUCGACACGAGUCAGUUGUCUAGUUCGUGUGCCGGUGUGUGGUGUGGCCGUUCGUCCGAUUUGUCGUGAAAAUGUCAUCCGUCGAGCGUGACGAUGACGGUGCCGGUGGGACGGAUGCGGCGUUCGAUCGUAUUAUGGAGUCCAUCGGCAACGAUGGACCCUUUCAGCGGCGGUACAACAUCAUCUUUAACGUGGUGGCCGUACUGUUCUUUGCCAUGGUCGUUGUGAACGUGUUGCUCAUACUUGCCGUCCCGGAUCACCGGUGUAGCGCGCCACAGCGUAAUGGGACGGUGGAUGAAGAGCGUUGGAAUGAUUUGGUUUAUCCGAAAGAACACAAUAGUCGAGGAGAGUUUGUACACAGCUCGUGUCUCAUGUACAACGUAUCCUGGAGUGAGAUCAGCGACAACAGCACAGUCCACGGGCCAACAAUCAGUUGCAUUUAUGGAUAUGAGUACGAUCGUUCCUACUACGAUCGCACACCGGUUACGGAGCAGAAUUGGGUCUGCGAGAAGGAACUCUACGGUACGAACGUGUUCGCCUUUGUGCGCGUUUCGGAAGUAUGCGGCACAUUCAUCCUCGGACAACUCGGUGAUCGCAUCGGACGACUACCGGUGUAUCUGUUCAGCAUCCUAACGGCCAUCGUGGGCCGAGUGUUUGCUGCCUGGAGUGCCUCACAGUAUUGGCUCUUUGCGCUACUCGCCUUUAUCGGGAGUUUCUCGACCAACACCUCCUUCCAGUCACCGUUGAUCAUUUUGAUGGAGAUCUCCAAGGACGAGAAACGCGCUUCAUUGUCCCUGUGGCAGCUGGUUGGCUGGACGAGCGGUAUCUGCAUUGCGCCACUCAUACUGUGGUGGAUGCGGGACUGGUUUUGGUUCAUGAUCCUUACCUCUGCUCCGUGCAUCCUGUUCUACUGCUUCCCUCAGUACAACAUCGAGUCUCCACGGUGGCUUGUGAGCCAGGGCCGAUACGGCGAGUGUCUGGUGCAGUUACGCAAGAUCGCCACCAUCAAUGGGAGGACACUGGACUUGACCGAGGACCAGCUUCGGACGCUUAUCCCCCGGACCGAGAAGGAACGAACGUACGGCAUCGCGUCACUGUUUGGUGGUUGGCAUAUGAGCAAGCUGACGGUGUUGUUGCUGCUGAGCUGGAUCUGCAACACGAUACCGACGCUCACCCUGUUCCUCAUGAGCCUCCAGAUGGGUGGUAAUCCGUUUCUGAACAACUUCUGGCAGGGUGCGGUUGAGCUGCCGGCCUAUCUGCUCGGUCAAAUCUGCUGCGAUCGUAUCGGGCGCCGGUUUACCAACAGUGGCGCCUUUCUCGGUGCAACCGUUGCCUGCAUCCCGAUCGUGCUGCUCAUACACCGGCCCGGUACCGAAAUCUACGUCACCGUGCUGGCUAUCGUGGUCAAGUUCUUCGUCUGCGUCACUUACUUUGCGCUCUAUCUGCAAUCGGUCGAGAUGUAUCCGACGUCGCUGCGCCAAACCGGCACCUCGUUCGGUAUCAUCGUGUCCAACGUGUUCGGUGCCCUUGGACCGUACAUUGUGUUUCUCGGCACCAACUACGACAUCCGGUUACCGUUCGUCGUGAUGGCACUGAUUGGGCUGAUAGGGGCGACGAGUUCCGUCUUCCUGCCCGAAACACUCCACCAGAAGCUACCGGAAACACUGGAAGAGGGUCGCCGAUUCGGGCGUGAGCAACGGUUCUGGACGAUACCGAAGACGAGACCGGCCACCACCGAGGACCGCGACCGAGCGGUGGCCAACGAGAGAGAACUGGAAAAACUCAACAAAACCACCACCGACGCCGGUGACAGUGGCGGUGCUUUAGUUCAUCAAACUCCGUCCCGGUAGUAUCCCGGUAUUCCGGUGGCCCAAAAAAAAACCCAAAAUUUGCACCAACCGCUCGGUUCCGAUGGUGUUGGGCCCGUUUUUUCGGUAGCUCAUUUGGCUUAUUCCUCCGAGAGAGUGGCGCCGGCGGAAAAAAAAGAAUGUGGCCUUCCGGGAGGGAAAAAGUAAACUCUCGUGGAGAAAAAGCGAAUGCCAGCUCGGGGUGCACGUGGCACUGGUUGGAUGAAAUGAAGACGGCUGGAAUGCUUUUCAUGUUGAUCCGAGGCUCACAUACACACCAAGACUCACACUCUCGUUCCCCCAGACACUACACCAGACCAACAACAAAGUAUUCGCGGUUCGUACGAGUGUUUUACCGAGAGAGAGAGAGAGAGAGAGAGAGAGAGAGAGAGAGAAAAAAAGGUAGAAGAAAGACUUUACAUAAUUUACAUUCCACCGAGACUAGGUACGUUGAUGGCGUACGUAGAGAGUAACGCAAACAAAGCAUACAAAAUGGCCAUAAAAAGGAGCUGCAACUAAACUUCCAACACCGUCCCACCGGAAAAUGAGAACCGGGGCCCUGGCGUAGGAAGUGACCCUCUUUUACGCUCGCCACGUGCCACGACGGUGGAUCGCGUUGAAAACAAUAACCGCGAAACCGCGGCGCUUGGGCUAAACAGACGACGGGACACUAAACUUGGUGAGGGGCGGGAUGACGGGAGGUGAUAGCAACACUACACCAGAGACAACAAAAGUGACAACGGUAGAACAUCGGGAAGCAGAUCAUGAGCUCGGGAUCACGGUUGCAACUACAGCAGCUGGAAACUAAAUAAAAUCCAAGAUGGCCAUGUUGCGAUGGUUGCUUGGUAUGUUUUUUUUUGUCUGCCAUGCACACGCCAGAGACUACCGGAACGCUUCCGGUGCAUUCGAAGCUCCCGCCGAGAGCGAACGUUCAUAAAUCCCGCACAGCAUGAGCAAAUCCCAAAUUUGUAUCCCGUCUCCCUCCCGCCCAUGAGUUGGUUCGUGUUGCACUUGCAUAAUGGUGGCAGAAUGCUAUGAUGGUCCAAUCCGCACCAUGACCAUGGGGCGAUGUAUGUUUGAAUGUUUCAUAACACAUCCCUUCAACAUCUUUCUGUGGUGUUGCUCCUGGUGCUACUGGCUCUUGAUGGUGGUCCGGCUGUUGGUGGAAGGGUUCUCUAGUCGAGAUGCUAUUUAUUAGUAAUUGAAUCUUCCAAUUUGCAGUGCGAAUUUUUCAUUAUAGUAACGAAAAUAACUGCAAUAGUUGUAGGUAGGAGUAAUUACAUGCUAAGGAGAAACGAAUUAAAAUCUUUAGUUAGUGAAUUGUUGUGAAAUGAAUGAUACAAUUAAUUAUACGGUAAUUUUUAAACAUAAUAAAAGCAGUCAAAGGAUUGCAAAUAACACACUCAA